AUGGUUGCCUGCAAAUUCCUCCUCGCCGGCUUCUUUGCCGCUGUUGCUUCUGCCCAAACUUCAUCAACCUGCACCCCCUACAGCGCCCCCGCCGGUGCCUGCCCAACAGCCUAUGACUCCUGCUGUGCCUUCCUCUGCGCCGAAGCCCAAGUCCCCUUCGGAAUUUGCCAACCAAAUGAUGGCACCGGAGAAUUUGCAACUUGCACAGCCUGUGCCGGUGGAACUGCAACUGCAAUCGUGACCACCACGACAACUGACACAGCUACUGGGACCGCAACCGAUACCAUCACGGGAACUGGUACCCAGAGCACCAGUACUACUACGCUGACUUCUACUACUACUACAUGUACUAGUGGGAACGCGACGACUUACACCGCUUUACCGACACCAACUUACAUAUCUGGUGCUGAGGAAGGAUAUAUCGUCUUGAACGGGGUUCUUGCGUUUGGGCUACUUUGUGCAGCUUUUGUGAUGUAA